UGCAUCUUCAUCUUUGUUCAUUGAAUUAUUAACACGUUUUAAAGCAUUAAUGGGGUAUAAUUUAAAGUAUUACCCAAAUGGGUCAUCUAAAUGCACCUGAUUUGCCGCCAUUUUGAAUUUCUGAUACCAAAGCGGAAGUGACAUAGAUCAGUAUGGAAGAGGAUAUGGCGCCUGGUGAUCUACAUGUUGGGGCUCGGUCAGUGGUCACCCUUGUGGAGAGCCCAACCAUGGAUUCCGUGCCUCAGAACCUCAAUGACCUACAGAGCUACCUGGUGAACUUCAACAAGGAGAUAGAGGGGAAUGGUGAACCUGGCACUGGAUUCCCUUCCUGUAUCAACAAGAUGAUGACUUCUGCAACAAACUCUGUUUUUGUACCAGUGUCUUCUGAGGUAUCAACUCCAGAUGAGGACAUAUCCGACAUGACAGUGAUCAAGGGCAAGACUCUCUGUGAGGAUGGCUCGCUGUCUGUUUCCAUGGGAACUGCUGACAUUACCCUCUGUGGGGAUGAUGUGGGUGGGGAACAGCUGAUGUUUGUGGAGCAGGCGGGUGGGGAAAGUAUGGAGGCAGAGGACAGCAAGGACUCUGGACUGUCAUUCCAUGACCAGGUUGUGUCAGACGAGGCCCCUAUAGAUGGACUUGGGGACAGAAUACAGCUGCAGGAGUUGAACCUGGAACAGUUAGGUCUACAGCAGGGCUUCUCGCUACCAGAUGGGAUGGUAAUGUUGCCGAUGGGAGAUAUGAGCAGUUUCCUCGCUCCCCAGACUGACUCUCGACUGGUUCAGAUUGUGACUGUAAACGGCCAACCCACACUCCAGCUUGUCUCACCAACUAGUCUGCUACAACAACAGACAAACACAGUGUUAGAGGGUGACAGCAGUCAGGAGUUGAACCUGUUGUCGGGAGGAACGGUGGCCAGCAGUGGCCUCUCCUCCCCCUCCCUUGUCUCCAUGGUAACCAGCUCGGCCGGAGGGGCUGCCACCACUCUACAAACACUACAGUUCAAACAGGACAUGUCAAGCCCCCAGCUUGUGGCCCUGCAGAACCCUGAUGACAGCUCUGAGUCCCCUGUAAUGGCCCUGAAUCUUGAGAACCUGGUGCAAGUGGGUUCUAUGGCAUCCAGUCAAUCCCAUCAAACCAUGGACACUGAGACACUCACCCAACAGACAGCAGCUGGGUACCAUUCAGUAGCACUGCUUCCAACUGGGAGUGGGGACCAGACAGGUGAUGUAAGAUAUGUUCUGAUUGUGAACCCAGGGGCAGGCGGACAGGGGGCUGGGGACAAGCUGCAGCCCCCCUCCCCCAACCCCAAGGUGGGUGUGUCGGAAGGUAGGGCAGUGGGAAUGAGAAAGCCUGGGCGACAGGGACAAGUCGACAGUCUGCUGAAGGGACAAGGCGCAGAGAGCCUGCUCAAUGAUGGAGAGGAACUCACCUGUCAUAUCUGUAACUACACCAGUCCACAGAGGUACCUGUUACGUCGGCACAUGAAAACCCAUCUUGGUGAGCGGCAGCACAAGUGUGGUCUGUGUUAUCGGGCCUUCAAGACCCUCGCCUCCCUACAAAACCACAUCAACACCCACACCGGGGUACGACCACACAAGUGUAAAAUGUGCGAGUCAGCAUUUGUCACAUCCGGGGAGCUCGUUAGGCAUAUCAGGUACAAGCAUACAUUUGAGAAGCCCCAUAAAUGUACCAUCUGUGAGUACGCCAGUGUGGAACUCAGCAAACUGAAGAGACACAUGCGUUCCCACACUGGGGAGCGUCCAUACGCCUGUUCCCACUGCAACUACGCCUCACCAGACACAUACAAGCUCAAGCGACACAUGAGGAUCCACACCGGUGAAAAACCAUACACUUGUGAGAUAUGUAGCUCCAAGUUUACCCAGAGUAACAGUCUUAAAGCACACAGGCUGAUUCACAGUGGAAACAAGCCGGUAUUCCAGUGUUCGGUAUGUCCAGCGACCUGUGGUCGAAAAAAUGACUUGAAGGUUCAUAUGAUGAAACUGCAUGGUUCAAAUGAACAACCUCUGGUCUGUAAGAAAUGUCCAAUGGAGUUCUGGGACCGGUAUUCCUUUAAAAUUCAUUUGAAAGCCCAUGAAGGGGACAAGUGUUACAAGUGUCCGGAGUGUGAAUAUACAGCCUCCUCCCAGCGUCAAGUAGAUGUCCACAUGCUCACUGUUUCCCACUCCUCUUUCAAGCCAUUCGAGUGUGAUGACUGUGAGAUUGCUUACCGGCAGAAACAGGCGCUGAAAAAGCAUAGGCACAUCUACCAUGACCUGAUUAACACGGAGGAGAUAGGAUCUGAAGAUGAAUGUAAGGAGUGUGAAAAAAUGGUGAGAAAAAAUGAGUACACAGAAAUGAAUGACUCUGAUAAUGAUGACACUACAGAUAAAUCCCAAAAUGUUCACACAUGCGGAGGAUUUUCCAAACAUCUUCUAAACUCGCUGGCCCCACUGACUGCAGACCAGCUGAUCGAGAACUCUCUCCUCGCGGACAUGAAGGAGGGAAAGCUUGGUAACUCCCCUAAGGUGGUGGUUGUUCACCCUGACGGCCGGGUGGAAGAGGUCACAGCUAAACUCCAGAGUCUCAGCCAAUCAAAACCUAUGGAUGACUUCCUCGUGUCUCUGGGUGUUACAGGAGACUCUCACUUUGACCAAGUAUCGAGUCUGCCGUCAGACGUGAGUGUAGCGGAGGUGCAGGGUCUCAUGGCUGGCUCACAUAGUGGUUUGACAGCCACACACAUCACUUCUCAUGAAGAGGACAGCUGUGAGUUGACAGCUGUGAAGGCUGAUGAGCCCAGCCAUACUCUCCAGGUAGAAGAUCUGUCUACAAAUGACCAGACCCGUGAAGAAAGUUCCCAGGCAUGUUUUGACCACCAGAACACAGUGGCUACAGGGAUACACAUCACUCAACAGGAAGAGGACUCAGAUGUAGAUGUGGAGGCCGACAGCACAGAUAGUAUCCAAGUUGUAGAACUAGACGACACUGGAUUAGCACAUGUUGUGAUCAAUGUCCCGAUAUCUCAGCCUUUUUCCUAGCUAAUGAGAAACAAGACAGUUCUAGAUUUCCACCAAUUGUUAUCAGUGUCCUGAUAUCUCAGCCUUUCUGAUUACUAGCAGAUAUGAAAUUGAUUUGAUGAGUUAGGAUUUUUGACAUUGGUGCACACCCGGUCUGGGAUACAUUCUCUUGGCCCCUCAAAAUGGACACCAAUACCAGUUUCUAUGCAGACAACAUACAAGAGUAAUUCAUAACUGCUAAAUGGAGCUUAACUAUAUUAUAUACUACAUGUUCUCGUUUAAACUAACAAAUGAGUGAAAGGUUAUUAAAUCAAUCAAUCCAAACUAUUGGACAGUUGGUUGUUAUUUUGUUCACACAUCUAAACUAUGAUUGAAAAUACCUGACUAUUGGACUAAUCGAUCCAAACUAUUGGACAGUUGGUUGUUAUUUUGUUCACACAUCUAAACUAUGAUUGAAAAUACUUGUUUCACAUUAUUGUGUAACAUUAAAUUCCGAGUAUCAUAUUUUGGUGUAAUAAUACCAAAAAUGUAUUAGAUUAAUUCUUAUAAUCAUAAAUAUUGUUUUAAAACGACUACAUUGUGAACUACUACUGUAUUUUCUUGGUUUUUUUAUUGAAACUUUUUCUGUAUAUUUUAAGCAUACAACUUGUUUUACAGACAAUUUUUUUAUAUUUAUUUUUAAGUUUUAGCCAUGUUUUCGAUGAAAGAAAAGUUGUAAGUUUUCCCUUACAAAUAUUUGAAAACAGUUAUAUUAAUUGUUCAAUGUUAUGAUGUAUAGUAUUAAUGUUAUGAUGUAUAGUAUUAAUGUAAUGAUGUGCAAGUAUUAUUGUUAUGAUUUGCAAGUAUUUAUUGAUUGUUUGUUUGUCCUGUCUGUGUCGGAAUUUUGGUGAAAUUGUCAGCUAUUGCGAUUCUUUGUUGGUCUUUUUCACAAUUUUCUUCCACUAUUUAUAUAUUUUAUUAUAUGAGCACUAUGCUGUAAUAUUUGUCUAUGUAUGUUUAUUUUGAAUACUGGUAUAUAAUUUCGAUACAAUUGACAGUACAGACAAUCGUUGCUUUCCAUGUACUUUUUAUCGGUAUGGAGAAUUGUUAAUUUCCAUGAUUUAUUACAUGAUUGUAUGAAAAAUUGUUGAUUGGCAUGAUUUAUAUCAUGUCUUGAGAAUUGCUGAUUUCUAUAAAUUUUUAUAAGUACAGAACAUGGUUGAUUUCCAUGUUUUAUUUCUGGUUUGGAAAACUGUCGAUUUCCCCGAUUUAUUUUUGGCAUGGAAAACUGUUGAUUUCCCUGAUUUAUUUCUGGUAUGGAAAACUGUUGAUUUUCCUGAUUUAUUUCUGGUAUUGAAAACUGUUGAUUUCGACAAUUUAUUUCCGGCAUGGUAAACUGUUGAUUUUCACUAUUUAUUUAAAAUAUGGAAAAUAUUUGAUUUCCUUGAUUUAUUUCCAAUAUGGAAAAUCGUUGAUUUCCAAGAUUUAUUACUGGAAUGGAAAAUUGUUGAUUUCCAAGAUUUAUUACUGGAAUGGAAAAUUGUUGAUUUCCACAAUUUAUAAAAGGUAUGGAAAAUUGUUUAUUUCCACAAUUUAUUAAAGGUAUGGAAAAUUGUUCAUUUCCACAAAUUUUUACUGGUAUGAAAAAUUAUUGAGUUCCGUGAUUUAUUUUCGAUAUGGAAAACUGUUGAUUUCCAUGAAUCUGCUGUAAAAUAAUGUUUGCUGCUUUGUUAUUUAUUUUGUUUUGGUUUCUACUUUUGUAUUUAAAUGUUGAUCGAUUUACUUUUAAAUAAAUAUGAAAUAAG